AACUUAUUUCCGGUCCUGCGCGGUUUCUGGAACGGAUUGGAACCCGGAGUCAGGAUUCAACAAAUGUGUGGUCGUUUGAAAACCAGAUUGUCAAAAUGACAGAGGAGACACCAGAGGAGUUCAUCUGGUGCGAUGACUGCGGACAGUACCACGGCUCCGAGUGUCCGGAGCUCGGACCUGUGGUGACGGUCAGCGACUCGUUUGUGUUGAGUCGAGCUCGGUCCUCGCUGCCCGACAGCCUGGAGAUCCAGACGGCCAGCGGGGGAGAGGAGGGCGUGUUCGCCCUGCAGCUGCUGGUGAAGAGGACGCGGUUCGGCCCGUUCGAGGCCAAGCGCGUGGCCCAGCUGGACCGGGACGUGCAGUUUCCCCUGAAGAUCUUCCAGAAGGACGGGGCAGUGGUCUGCUUCGACACGGAGAACGAGGACGACUGUAACUGGAUGAUCCUGGUCCGGCCUGCCACUGACCACCAGCACCAGAACCUCACGGCCCACCAGCAGGAUGACGAGGUCUACUUCAACACCUCCCAGGACGUUCAGCCCGGGACGGAGCUGAGGGUGUGGUACGGGGCCUUCUACGCCCGCAAGAUGGAGAGGCCUGUGCUGAAGCUGCCUGCUGCUCCGGCAGCGGUGGAAGUGGCUGCCUCCACUCAGACGGACGGAGGCCUGGGGAGGGCUGGCUCGGACCCAUCGCUGGCGGGAGAGGGCGACGCGGGUGGCCAUGGACUGGAAUCUGCCCAGUGGGUGUGUAAAGUGUGCCCAGCUGUGUUUGUGGAGCCUCAACUCCUGACAGACCAUCUGCUGAGUCACCUGCAGGAGGUGAAGACCGUCGCCUCCCCUGUGCCCGACCUGCCCGUCCACCUGCCCGUCCGCCUCGAGGCGGAGGCUCCGUUCCCCGGCAACGCCCUCAGCGCUGAGGUCACAGCCAUCCUGCCGGAACCCAAGAAGAAGCAAGUGAGAGUGCGAAAGGGCAAAGGUCACAAAGCAGCCCCCAGACUUCCAGCGCCAGCGCCAACCCCUGCCCCUGCCCCGGCCCCGGCCCCAGUUCCCGGUGACGUCAGCAGAGAGGGCAUGCCAGAGGUGCCCAUGGAGCAGGUGCUCAAUACCAUGCCUCCGGACGUGGGCCUGUCGCUCCUGGACACCUCUGACAUCAUGAUCGGCACGGACGGGGUUCCGGUGAAGCUGCACAGGAUGGCCCGCACCCUGAUGCCCUCCUCAAAGUCUGGGAUUAGGAAGAGGUUCCUGAGGCAGGGGGAGCACAAGCGUGUGUACCAGUGCAGUCUCUGCAACAAGACCUUCCAGAACAGCAGCAACCUCAACCGCCACAUUCGCUCCCACGGUGACAAGCUUUUCAAAUGUGAGGAGUGUGACAAGAUGUUCAGCAGGAAGGAGAGCCUGAAGCAGCACAUCUCCUACAAGCACAGUAGGAACGAGCCUGACCUGGAGUACAGGUUCAGAUGCAACACGUGCGAGAAGGCGUUCCGCUUCGAAAACGCUCUGAAUUUCCAUAACUGCAGGACAGACGACAAGACCUUCCAGUGCCAGAUCUGCUCGCGGUUCUUCUCCACCAACAGCAACCUGUCCAAGCACAAGAAGAAGCACGGGGAGAAGCUGUUCGCCUGUGAGAUCUGCAACAAGAUGUUCUACCGCAAGGACGUGAUGCAGGACCACCAGAGGCGGCACGUCGUGGGCCCACAGCACGUGAAGAGAGAGGAGCUGGAGGCCAACGGGGAAGAAGGGAGCAAGUACAGGAAGGAGCCGUCGGCCUGCCCCAUAUGUGGGAAAGUGUUCUCCUGCAGGAGUAACAUGAACAAGCACCUGCUGACCCACGGCGAUAAGAAGUACACCUGUGAGAUCUGCGGCCGCAAGUUCUUCCGCGUAGACGUGCUGAGGGACCACAUCCACGUGCACUUCAAGGACAUCGCCCUGAUGGACGAACAGGAGAGGGAGGACUUCAUCCGGAAGAUCGGCAUCGCCGUGGACGACAGCGACUGCAACUCCGACGAGGAUGAGGUCGACGACGACCCCGAGAAUCACAAAUACAGCUGCAAGAAGUGCCAGGUGACCUUUGCCAAAGGCAGGGAGUACCUGAAACACAUCAUGGAGCUGCACAAGGAGCGGGGCUACGGCUGCGUCAUCUGCAACCGCCGCUUCGCCCUGAAGGCCACCUACAACGCUCACCUGGUGAUCCACCGCGAGCAGCUGCCUGACCCCGCCGUUCAGAGGUACAUCCACCCAUGUGAAAUGUGCGGCCGCAUUUUCAACAGCAUCGGCAACCUGGAGCGACAUAAGAUCAUCCACACGGGUGUGAAGAGCCACAGCUGUGACCAAUGUGGGAAGUCCUUUGCCAGGAAGGACAUGCUGAAGGAGCAUUUGAGGGUCCACGACAACAUCCGCGACUUCCUGUGCGCCGAGUGUGGGAAAGGCAUGAAGACCAAGCACGCCCUCAGGCACCACAUGAAGCUCCACAAGGGCAUCAAGGAGUACGAGUGCAAGCAGUGCAACCGCAAGUUCGCCCAGAAGGUCAACAUGCUGAAGCACUUCAAGCGCCACACCGGGAUAAAGGACUUCAUGUGUGAGCUCUGCGGGAAGACUUUCAGCGAGAGGAACACCAUGGAGACACACAAGCUGAUCCACACAGUGGGGAAGACAUGGUCGUGCGCGGUGUGCGAUAAGAAGUACGUGACGGAGUACAUGCUCCAGAAGCACGUGCAGCUGACCCACGAGAAGGUGGAGGCACAGAGCUGCCAUCUCUGCGGGACCAAGGUCUCCACCCGAGCCUCCAUGAACCGCCACAUGCGCCGCAAGCACCCCGAGGUCGUAACGGUGAGAAUAGACGACUUUGACGUGCUAGGGGAGGCCACGACCAUCGACGCUUCCACCAUUAGCAUUGAGCAGGAGCCUCUGUCGGGCGAGAAGCCCUCCAGGACGCCCCGGACUCCCAAAAAGAAAGUCAAGCAGCUGGAGGAGGUGGAGCUCUCCGAGUCGGAGGACUACGCCGGCUUCACCAGUAAGACGGCGGACUUCGGCGGGGCCGUGGGAGACGAGACCAGCUCGGCGGUGCAGAGCAUUCAGCAGGUGGUGGUGCUGGCAGACCCCGGGGUCGCGACCUCUUCCUCCUCCUCCCCCUCCAGCUCGGUGGGCCUGACCAACAUCACCGUGACGCCCAUAACGGCGGCGGCGGGGGCCCAGUUCACCAGCCUGCAGCCCGUGGCGGUGGGCCACCUGACCCCGGCGGACCGUCCCCUGACCCUGGACAGCUCCAUCCUCACGGUGACCUUCGACGCGGUCAGCGGGGCGGCCGUCCUCCACAACCGGCCCGCCGAGCUUCCGUCGGAGGCGUCCGGGUCCGCCGCCCCCCAGUCCGUGGCGCACUUCAUCAACCUCACCACCUUCGUCAACCCCAUCACCCACCCGCUGGAGCAGCCCACCCUGGCCUGGAGGCCUGUCACCCCCUCGGAGGGCAGCCCCCCGGGCCCCGGGGCCGACCCCGCCCAGCCGGAGCCCCAGGACCCCCAAACGCAGCCCCCUCCCUCGAGCCAGCAGCUGGAGCAGGCCCCGCCCGCCACCCCGUCGCAACCCGCUCAGGCCCCGCCCACAGCCUCGUCGCCCCAGCAACCCGCCACACAGCAAAUGUACAGCUACUAACAGUCCCAGCUAU